CACCUUCUCCUCCCACAUCUUUUCUCAUCCUCCGAAAAUGAAACCUAAGCUAACUCUUCACUCUUCUUUCAUCUUCGUUCUGUUGCUCAUCUCAACCAUUGCUCCGACCUAUCUCUGUGACGAUGAUGCUCAGUACACCAACUGUAGUAACGCUUUUACAUGCGGAGAUACCAAGCUGGAUCUCAGGUACCCCUUCUCGGGAGAAAACAGAGGUAGUUAUUGCGGCGAAGAGAAGCUCACGUGUGAAGAACGAGUCCCAAAGAUAACCAUCAACGAUGCCAAGUACCGUAUUCUUGAUUGGCGUAAUACAACACAGACAAUAACAAUGACCAGGGAUGAUUAUUGGGAUAGUAUCUGUGUGAGUGAGUACAAGAACAGCACCUUUUAUAACACUCACUUUCAAUAUGAUCACCAAUAUAAUGAUCUUCGUAACGUCACGCUCUUUUAUGAUUGCCCUUCCGAUUCAUCUUCCUCUUUACCACAGACGGAUCUGCUUACUCAUAGUUGUGUUGCUGAUAAAAAUGUAUACUACACUCCCUUACCUGUACCUCAGUACACGGGGAAUUGCGCGGUUGUGGUGAUUCCGAUAUUUGAAACCAACGCUUCACUUGUGCUUGAAAAGAAAAUAAGCGAGGCGUUACGGUAUGGUUUUGAGUUGAAUUGGGAGGGAGAUAACGGGAAGUGUGAGAAAUGCAGUAAUUCUGGUGGAGAGUGUGGAGUUGAUGAAGGAGAUGGAGGAUUUCGAUGUUUCUGCGUGGAUGGACCCCGUUCUGCUACAUGCAAAGUGUGA